AUGGCCACCGAGGAGCCUCCCUCCCAUGAAGGUGAGGAGCUAGUGCGCUUUGAGGGCGCAGAUGCAUAUAAAGCGAAGCAGUCGCUAUUUUUGCACCUGGUCGCCAAGGACGAGGGCGAUCCUGCGCCCCUCUUGCGCGAGCUCAUGAGCGAGCAGAUCAACGUAUACCAGGAACAGGCCUACCUGCUCGACCCGUACCUCGAGUCACUCGUUGUACCACCCGCACAUACCCUGCGCGAUCUCGUCCUGUCGUGCUCGGACACAGACGAUGUCCUGCGCCGCAUGGGCCUGACGGCGCGCCUGCUCUACACGUAUACCAAGGUGCGUGGCGCCAAACUUGUAGCGCGCCUCCUGCCGCAGGAUGCACGCGAUCUCCCGCGUGUGCUUGGCCUCGUCGAGUCGCUCGCUGAGGCGCCCGCGCCAUGGGAGCUCGUCUAUGUACUGCUUCUCUGGCUGGGCCUCCUAGCCCUCCUGCCGUUUGCGCUCGAUACGGGCGAGGCGCCGCUUGCACGCCGCAUCGACGAUGCUGCACGCGCGUACCUCACACGGCCCGGCAAGGAGCGCGAUGCGGCCAGUGUGCUGCUGGGCCACCUGUACCGCCGCCGCGACUCGUCCGCAUUGGCGCUCGCUGGUUUUUUGCAUUGGGCACAGUCGCACAUGCACACGAUGCGCUCGCCGUUCCUUGCGACGGGCAUCCUGCAGACGCUCUGUGCGAUUGUCAAAAACUGCGACGCGUCGCUCGUGGCCCGCCACCUCGAUGGCCUUCAAGCAUUGCUGGCUCUGUACGAGCCAUGGGCACUACGAAGCAUGCUUGUCGAGCACUACCGCAUCAAACUCAUCGGCCGCAUCGCACUUUCCCUCCUCGAGCAUGCGCCGUCGGUCGACGAGUGCAUCGAUGGCCACGUCAGCGUGCUCCUCGGCUCGCUCUCCCGCGCCGAUUCUCGUGUGCGGUACAGCGGAGCCAAGGCACUUGCACGCUUGGAAGCGCAACUCCCAACCGAUCUGCGGCAGCAGUUGCUCGAUGCAUUGUUUGCGCAGCUCGCAGCGCACAUUCCCGCGGCGUCCGUGCCGCCUGCCGCGCUCGCUGCGGCACCUGCGCCCUUCUCGAUGGAGGUCUGUGCAGCACUUCGUGCGGCCGAUUUGCAUGCCGUGUCGGAGCACACAUGGCACGGCGUUCACCUUGCGCUGGCAGAGCAUGUACGCCGCGGCCAUAUACCCCCUGCGCAGUAUCCUCGGCUGCUCUACUGGGUGCUCACGGGCCUGGCCUUGGAUUUGCGCCGUGCGACCGGCUCCACCGGCUCGAGCGUGCGCGACGCUGCAUGCUAUGUCCUCUGGGCACUCGCUCACGCGCGCGAUCCGGCUAUUCUUGCGCCGUACGCUGUGCCCGUCGCCCAGCACCUCGUUCUAGCCGCAACUACGGACCGCGAUGUUUGCAUCCGCCGCGCCGCGAGUGCUGCAUUCCAGGAGUGGGUCGGCCGCACAGCCAAUGUACCACAUGGCAUUGACAUAUUGCGCCUCACCGACUUUGCCGCUGUUGGCUCCCUGCGCCACGCUCUCGGCAACGGCGCGCCAGCAGUCGCGCAGCACGCUGUGUAUCGCGUACCGCUCUUGCACCAUGUUCUCAUGGUUUCGCUCGUGCAUUGGGACCCCGCUGUGCGCGCACAUGCGGCACACGGUCUCGCGGGGAUCGUUGCUCACGACGCUGCUCUGCGCAGCGUCGCUGUGCACACACUCGCAGCACGCACAGCGUCCAUGGAUACCGCCGUCGUGCAUGGCGCACUCCUCGGCCUCGUCGCGCUUGGGCCCGAGAGAGACAAUAUGCGCCCAUGCCUCGCCGCUGCAUGGCGCAUCGCGCCACGCCUAUGGGAAGCACCAGGCAGCGCGGCGGUGCUUUCAAGUACAUGCCGCCUCGUGCAGGCGUGUGCGGGGGCUCUCGACACAUCUGACGCCGCUUCUGUUUCGGCGCUGCUCGGCGCUGCGAGCGGGCGACCUGAGGUGGACGUGCAGGCUGCCGCGGCAGAUUUAUGGCUUGCGCUGCCGACGGAGUGCGCCGCUGUACAGGAGUACAUGCACCGCGUCCUUGCAUGGGACAUGACGCCUGAAGAGCAGGGCACCGCCGUGCGUGUUCUCGGCCGCCAGCGCGGCUGGGACGCCGAGCGCCUCGACCUGCUCUGUGCGCUCCUCGACCCGGCGGCGCCCUGCUACGCCACGACCGUGGAGCUGCGGUGUGCCGCGGCGGCAUCGCUCGCGCAUCUCAACGGGGCGCCUCAGCGCCGAUUGCGCGUGCUUGCGCUGGGUCUGCGCGAUAUGUCCACCGACGAGCGGGGCGACGUUGGCUCAUGGGUCCGCCUGGCGUGCGUACAGAGCUGUGCGCACAUCCUCUGCGGUACGCCUGUCGAUCCUGCGCUCCUCGCCGAGGUGUUUGUCUCGAUGGCGGCCAUGCUCAUGGAACGCAUCGAUGCCGUGCGUGUCCAGGCGUGUGAGGCGCUCGCCGACGUGGUGCGUGUGUGUGCAGUGCCGUGCCGCGACGCUCUCGCACCGCUCCUAGCGGAUCCUGCUGUAUGGCGCGACGCACAUGCGGCCUUUGCCGCAUUCGUUCCGUGCCUUGCGCUCGAUACAUACCGCGUCUCACUGCUUACAACGCUUGUUCGCACAGCCGGUGGGCGCUCCGAAACUUCGCGGCGCGAUGCUGGCGCCGCGCUAACUGCCUGGGCGCUCGACGCGCGUCUCGAGGCCGUGCGCGAUGUGUUUGCACAGCUCGCAGCCUUGUUUGCCACACACGCACGGGACAACCGCGUGGCGGUGCCUGUGCUCCAGACCACGUUGCUCCUCAUGGAUGGCGACGUGCAUCGCGAGCGCGACGUCGAGGACGAGUACGUUCAGCUGACUGACCCAGACUUGCGCGCCUGGUGCGCCGGGCAUGUGCCCAUGUAG